ACUCCGGGCAUCUCAUCCAGAAACGGAUAAGACGUAAUAAGAGUAAGACCGGAAGUCCCAACCCAAACUCCUCUCUCUCUCUAUCUCUCAGAGAUGGCAACUGCAUCAGUAACACCGGUCUCUCCAGUAUUUUCGACCUCCAAAGCUCCAAAAUCUCACCUUAAAGCUUCAACAACUACCACAACCACAUUGUGGAACCAAAACCGAAACCAUCUAACUCUGAGGAGACAAAUUUUGAAAGGAAUAGCAUUGUCUCCUUUCGUUUUGAUAAAAGAAACUCCAAUUUCAGAGGCCAGAGAGGUCGAGGUUGGCUCUUACUUGCCGACUUCCCCUUCAGAUCCUUCCUUUGUGCUCUUCAAAGCCACUCCCAAGGAUACCCCUGCUCUUCGCGCAGGAAAUGUGCAGCCUUACCAGUUUAUCCUCCCGCCAACUUGGAAGCAAGCGCGUGUAGCAAAUAUAUUGUCUGGGAACUACUGCCAACCAAAAUGUGCAGAGCCAUGGGUUGAGGUAAAAUUUGAGGAUGAAAAGCAGGGAAAAGUUCAGGUUGUGGCUUCUCCUCUGAUACGGUUGACCAACAAACCUAAUGCAUCAAUUGAAGACAUUGGAAGCCCUGAGAAGCUUAUUGCUUCACUUGGCCCAUUUGUGACUGGAAACUCUUAUGAUCCAGAUGAACUCUUGGAAACGUCAAUUGAGAAGCUUGGUGAUCAGACGUAUUACAAAUAUGUGCUCGAGACACCGUACGCUCUUACCGGCACUCACAACCUUGCAAAGGCAACAGCAAAAGGAAGCACAGUUGUGUUGUUUGUGGCCAGUGCAAAUGAUAAACAGUGGCAAGCAUCUGAGAGAACCCUGAAAACCAUUCUUGAUUCCUUUCAAGUAUAGUUAUUUAACAAGUGAAGGAAAGGGAGGUUCCAUUUGAUUUAUUGAAGUUAAUCCUACAUUAAGAUACUAAACGAGUUGAUAAGCUAGCACUGCAAAAUUUCUAUAUUCCUGGCUACGUACAGUAUUCUGCAAUUUUCUCCUGCAAGGAAGAUAUAAAUAUGACAACUGUUGAUAGUAAAGAAGUUAGUUAAUAUAUGUGAGAACUGCUGAAUAUGAAUUUUUGAAUUGGAAUGAUUUUUUCUUUUCUUUUUUUUUUUUUAACUGUGGCAGGAAUAUUAAACCUCCUGCACAGUCAAUCACUGGAUUUCUAGCCGGUGGCUUUGCUUUAUCGAGUCACAUAAACAAUAGUACUGCUUUUCAUUAGAAGCAAACAGAGAUUUUAAACAGUCCCAUAAAAUGUGUAAAAA